AUGUCAGGAACGCAAAUGAUUGGAGGCAUGUUGAUUCAAAUGUUGUGGUUAAGCUUGGCUGUUUUAUCCACGAUAACUCCGAUCGAUGGAAAUCCGAAUGACAACAGUUCCUAUUCUUGUAAUGUCUUGCCUUUAGUGGAUGGAACGUUUUCUGUUGUGAAAGCUCGUAUGCUAGCACAGAAUGAUGCUUUCAAUAAGAGGGACGUGGAGGGCCUACUCGCUUUCAGAGAUGGCAUUACAUCAGAUCCCAUGCACUCUCUCUCCACCUGGGUUUCUACCAAUGCAGAAAAUUACAUGUGCUCGUGGAACAGUGUAUUCUGCAGAAAGAAUUCCAACAGAGUUGUGGCCGUGAUUCUCCCUCACAUGGGACUCGAAGGUACCAUUUCUCCUUUUAUAGGAGCCCUCUCCUUGCUGCACAUUUUCAAUCUCACUAAUAACUCUUUCACGGGAAAGAUUCCACUUGAGCUCGGCCAACUGAAAGCCUUAAGUAUUAUAGACCUUAGUUAUAAUGGACUGGAAGGUUUCAUCCCCAAAUCUCUCUCGAAUUGUAGCCACCUUCGGUGGAUUAAACUUUCCAACAACAAAUUGAAUGGGAGCAUACCUGCAGAAUAUGGUGGUCUGAGCAAGUUAGAGCAUCUCGGCUUGUCCUAUAAUAAUCUGACUGGAAGCAUUCCAAAUUCUCUGAGCAACUGCACCUCUCUCCUUGGAUUGAGCAUUGGCUACAACAAUCUCACGGGUUCAAUUCCUCCCGUUUUGGGCAUUCCCUCUGAACUGGAUAGGCUGGACAAGUUACAGAGACUUUACCUGCAGGAUAACAAGAUCGUGUCGCAAAUUCCACCAUCUCUAGGUAAUUGUUCUUCACUUGUAGUGUUGUUUCUGUUUAAUAACGUGCUGUCUGGCCCCAUACCUCCUGAGCUAGGAAAGUUGAAAGAGCUUGGCCAAAUAUCAUUGUUUUACACCAUAAAUCUCACUGGCCAUAUUCCACUAGAAUUUGGAAACUGUAGUAAUCUUGAAUGGCUUGAUAUUUCAGGAAAUCAAAUCAAGGGACCAGUCCCCAUGAGUUUGUCGAAGCUUUCUCUAACAAGCACCCUUUCUUUGUCUAACAGUCUUUUUGAAGGUAGCUUACCAUAUGCACUCUUCAAUAUGACCCAGUUGACCUAUUUAGAUCUUAAGGAAAAUAAAUUCAUCGGAUCCGUUCCAGAGGAGAUAGGAAAUCUGAAAAAGCUCGUCGUUUUGAGACUGAGUAUAAAUCAAUUAACAGGUAACCUACCCCAAGGAAUAUACAAUUUAACCAAUCUUGAACAACUGUACCUUGAUACAAAUAAUUUCAAUGGGGAGAUUUCACUGGCCAUGGGAGAGAUGCAAGUUUUGGAAACGCUGUAUAUCCAUGAUAACAAUCUUACGGGACCUAUACCUCAAAGCAUUGGCCAGCUCAAGAAUCUUUAUGAGCUUGCCUUCUACAGCAAUAAAUUUUCUGGUGGUAUUCCUCAAAGCAUUGAUGGGUUGAUUUCACUACAGAUAUUAGAUUUAUCUGAUAAUCAGCUAACAGGAGAAAUUCCGCAAUCCUUAGGGAAGUGCAAUCAUCUCACUGAUCUGAUACUGUCCAAAAACCAUUUUUCUGGUAUAAUUCCAGCAACGCUGGGUAACUGCGCAGCCCUAAAGAGGCUAAAGCUGUCCAAUAAUGCAUUCCACGGAGAUCUGGAAAUUGAAUUUUCUUCUUCCAUGGAAGUAUUGUCUGCUCAUUCUAACAAUUUUUCUGGGACCCUGCCUGCAUCAUUGGACAACUGUAGACAGCUUAAGCUUCUUGAUUUCAGCAAGAAUAGAUUGACAGGUGAAAUUCCUUCAGACUUGCUUGCAAAUUGUCUAGAACUGAGAGUUAUAAGCCUUGGCUCGAAUCAACUCAAGGGGAAUAUUCCUCUUUGGAUCAGCAAUCUCAGCAGAUUGCAAGUGUUGGACUUAUCGAACAACAAAUUUUCUGGAAAAAUUCCUUCUGCUCUGGAGGACGUGCUGGGAUUUAAAAACCCUCAAAGUUCAUAA